AUGGAGAGUAAUACCGGCCUUGAAAUACCUCUGAACAUCAUGGCUGGGCUUGCUCGAGCUGGUCGUGUUGACCAUUUCAACAACAAGGUCUACAUAAAGGGCUUCUCGACAAUGCUGGUGCCCACAAGACAAUGCAGAGAUGUCGUCUAUUGGCACUUGAUUUACACAGAGGAUGGAUGCCGUAUAUCGUACCUGGAUGACACCCUGCAUCGUAAUAACGAUGUUGGCUCUUUGGAUUCUACAAGUUACCGUCACGUUCUUGGGUGGUGUUCCGAAGCUAUGUUCCGUGCUGGUGAGAGUCUUCAAAAUGUACAAAUUUCGCCAUACCACUCACUAAUGGAAUCAACAGGAUCCUCUGAGGCCAAGUACCAUGUUAGACAUUCAGAGCUUCCUAAGCCACAUGACCAAUGUGUUCUUGCUGGCACAGUCAUAACACUGGGAAGAAUGAUUACCGGAGGCCCAAGCUUCGAACUCGGUAUCAAAGACACGCCAGUACAUGUGGCUCGCAAUGGAUAUAUUCCGCGACUCAAAUGGAUCUCUUCAAAGUUUUUCCUGUUUUGGGACGAGUCCGACAAACGAGGGUGGCUAACUAACGGCACGAGCGCUCUGUUACAUGUUGUGAGAGCGUCCUUAGCAUACGACAGUACUGACAAAUUCCAAUCAGCUUUCAUCUUUAAGGCUGAUGAAUUAAAGGAGUCCCAUAAGCCCUUCACUGCCGAUUCAGCAAUUGAUGUACUGAUAGACCCUAAGAACCUGGGUCUUAAGCUCUACCCAGAAAAGGAUGGCUUCAUCGUUCUGGCUGACAGAAUUGACCAAUACUACAACCUGCUGGAAAAGAUGAUCGAUCACCAGACAGAUAUCGUCAGGCGUCAUAGCGGGAACCUUUCGAGGAUGCCACGAAAAUACCUAGAGGGAUGGGACUUCGAGGACUUAAGCGCAAAUCGCGAUCCGUUACAUCCACGCUUAGUCACGCUGGAGCCUGCUGGGAUGGGAUGGGUUGACUUGACGAGGGAUCUUCAGGUCGUAAGUCUGACUGGACGCGGCUUUGGAGAACUUAUCCAACCAAAUGGGCCAGCUCUUUGUGAGUACUGGUCUCGCCUACCCAAGCAUAGAUACCUCCUUGCAUGCUCUGCUUCGGAUAUGGAGGAUACGAUUCGAGAUAAUCGUAGUCCUCGGGAUGAUUAUGCUCGGCUAAGUGAGAAUCUGAUUUGGCAUAAUGCGAUUGACAUCCCAGGGAAAUGUCAAUGUGGAUGUGUUUCGAGCCACCAUAGAGAACCAGUCCAUGUGGCUUUCCCGUCUGCAUUAUCUUACAGAUUGUGUUCUCGCAAGAGCCCCAUUAGACUCAGCGGUGCAGUUGUUUUUGGACACAAUCCAGGCUUCCCUUGGACGUGGGGCGAGACCGGUCAUCCUACGCAGCAACAACCAGAAGAAGAGAUUCUUUUGAAUCAUGCAUUAAGCAAAGGAGAUAAGGAUAGUGGAGUUGGUGAAAGCUUGAUAUCAUCCUCAUCUGACGGUCAUGCCUCAUUAAUGGCAAGCUCGAGUAUAUCCCAUACGCCAUCGUCACUAAGGAAGCCAAAGACAGCGCCACCGAGCAUAAGAAAUACAUGUGCACGAAGCGAAUACACCGUUGGCAUCCUUUGCGCGCUGCCAAUUGAGCUGAAGGCAAUACGAGCUCUUCUUGACCAAAGACACCAGGAUCUCCCCAGGGUGCUCGGUGACAACAAUCAGUAUGUACUCGGGGAAAUGGCGCAGCAUAUGGUAGUAGCAACAUCACUUCCAGCAGGAGAAUACGGAACAAACGCAGCCGCAUCAGCAGUGUCUGAUAUGAUGCGCAGCUUCACGUCUAUACAGUUCUGUCUACUUGUUGGCAUUGCCGGUGGCGCGCCCUCUGAGGACAAUGAUAUCCGACUCGGCGAUGUGGUAGUAAGCUUGCCUACUCAGACUUUCCCAGGUGUCAUUCAGUAUGAUCUUGGUAAGGAGAAUGAGGGGGGUGAGUUUAAGGUGACAGGCGUUUUGCAACGACCGCCUCGGAUCUUGACCAAUGCUAUCAGCAAGAUCCGGUCGGAUCCAGACAUUGGAUUCAAUGCACUGGACCCAUAUCUUACUAGCAUAGUCGACUCACUCCCAGCAUAUGGUAACCCAGGUCAAGAACUCGACGUGCUCUCCCGCGCCGCUUGUGCUCGCAGGACGUGCAAGCCUGACUGUACCCACUUUGAGCAACGCCUCCCACGAUCAACGGCAGAGCCUAUGAUUCACUAUGGCCUUGUAGCAUCAGCAAAUCGCGUGGUCAAAGACGCAACCCUGCGAGAUCGGCUGUCCCGCAAGUAUGGGGUGCUAUGCUUCGAGAUGGAAGCUGCUGGGGUAAUGAACAGGGCAGAUUGCCUUGUGAUACGAGUGAUAUGUGACUACAGUGAUGCACAAAAGAACAACAUCUGGCAGAACUACGCUGCUGCUGUGGCCGCAGCAUACACUAAGCUUUUGCUCAGUGCGGUAGCGGUGAACAAUGACCUUGACGGCGAUAAUGCGAGAACGGAUAGUGAGCCUGCGUUUAAGAGGCGUAGGAUGAAUAUUUGUAAUGAAGGAUGUGACUAG